AUGGAGUACCUCCUCCAAGCCGCCGUCAAUCAUAUCGACGACAACCUCGGACUGCAAGGCGAAACCCCCACGCCCACGCCUACGACCAGCAACCCGCCGAGCACCACGCGAGCGCGGAACCAAAAUGGAAAUACUCACGCUCAUCACAGUCGUGGUAAUGCUCCUACUCCCCCUUCCACUCUUCCAAGCCAAACCACCAUUCACGCAUCCACAAAUAAAGAGAACGAAGAAUCGAACGAGGAGACAAACCCGAGUCCCCAAAACCUCAACCGCACCCAUUACAAGACCCUUCUAGAAAGAAGAGCCCAAGCACUCGCUGAAGCGGUGCUGACCGCGCAAAUGGCACACUCGGAGAGAGUCAAAGCCGCAAUAUUACACGCCGAACUGGUGCAGGCCCAAAUGGCACAUGCCGAACUGGUGCAGGCCAGAGUGAGACAGGCUAAAAGAGAACUCGCUGGAAAGGCUCGCGCUAAAAUGGAAAUGGAACUCGAAAAACGCCGACGGGAACUACGGCAGUGUGUGGAAAAGGCAGGGGACGAAGUUGAACUUUUGCUGUUCGAGAAGGACAAGGAGCAAGAGGAAGUGCUGGGACGAAUCAAGAAGCUGCGCGAGGAGUUGUUGGUGAUGGUGAAGGCCGAGAAGAUGUUUGAGGGGAGGAAAGUGAUGGGGUUGAAGGGGAAGACUAAGGUGUGGGUUACCUGGGAGAGAGAGGUGAGGACGGAGGAGUGGGUUGAUGCGCAGAGUGAGAUUCAGGACGAGUUCGAGGGGGAGAUGAUGUCUCAGACGCAGACGCGGACAGAGAUCGAGGAUCUGCAAGAAACAAAGGCAAGUCCGGUUGAAGAGGCAUGGGAGGAAGUUGACAUUCCGUUGCUCUGUCCGGAUAAGAAAUUGCAUUGCUCCGGCGAAUGUGACUGUUUUGCUGGGGAGCGAGCGAAGGAGGUGGUUCCCAAGGAAAAGUGUGUUGUGUGUUGA